AUGGAUUCUGGAAAUAGUGGUAGUGUGCAAUCUUCAAGUGGUGGUGGUGAUGAAGAGUAUGAUUCACAUGGGGGCUCAAUCUCAACUUUCUUGAAUUCUUCAGCCCAUUUUGGUUCAAUCUCAUCAAAUCCACUCCCACAAUUUCUUUCUCACCAACCCACUCUCUUUGAUCCUCAUGACUCACAAAAUUUCAACUCCAAUUUCCAAGAUUCAGCAAAUUCUCUGUACAACAAUGAUCUUCUCUGGCCUAAAUCAUUGGGAUCCGAUAACAAUUUCAACAACUUUGGAAACUUAAAUUCCUCAUCAUCAAGUGCUACUAAUCAUGCUAUUUUGGGUACUAAUACUCAAGUUCCAAACUAUAAUUCAAUACCAAUAAAAUCAAGCAUUGAUCAUCAGCCUAAUGUGGGAAAAAAUCCAAAGAAACGAAGCAGGGCAUCGAGGCGGGCGCCAACAACUGUUCUAACAACUGACACUACAAAUUUUCGACAAAUGGUUCAAGAAUUCACAGGGAUCCCCACAACUCCGUUUACUGGUUCAGCCUACACUCGCCGCCUUGAUCUUUUCUCAACUGCUACCUCAGCCAUAAGAUCAGGCCAUUUGGAUAAUUUGGGACCUCUUUUUACUUUAAGACCAUCCACACAAAAGGUUCAAGAUUCUCCAAUAUUUAUGCCACCAUCUAGUAGUGCAUUAAAUAAUAGCAUGGUUGGUAGAACAAAUGCUUCCACAUCUGAUAUUGGAAUUUCAAAACAAGCACAGAAUAAGUUGUUCAACAUGCAGAAUGAUCAGAUUCAGUCAUUUUCUACAUCAGAAUUCCAUCCUGAGAAGGGUUUUGAAAAUUAUGUUUGCUCAGCAGGUGAAGGAACAGUAGGUUCAUGGACUUGCCCUUCUGGCUGA